AUGUACAUCUUGUAUUUUAUCCAGUUUGCCGUGCUCAGCGCCACUGCAUCCGUGAUAUUUGAGGACUGUGGGUCAGCGUACGACUUACAUAGGGUCAAUAUCCUUGGCUGUGGGAUGAGACUACCUUGCUACAUCACCUUAGGCGAUAGUGUGCCUGUCACUAUGGAAUUCUAUGCAGAUUUCGUAUCACGACAGCUGGAUCAAGAUGUAACCAUAAAUAUAAAUUUUAUAUCCUCGAGAACUCACGUAACACCAGAUCCAUGUGCAACAGUACACUGCCCGGUGAAUUCUGACGAAGUGACGUCGUUUACAAGCGUUAUGAGUGUACCCACAAACGUGGCCGUGAAUCAACGCGGAUUUUUGCAGUGGAGGGUGUACAAUGAACAUAAUCGAUUGUUCGUUAGUCGCCAUCCGCCACACAACAUGUUACUGCUGAGUUUAGUCGUGUUGUCCGUACUGGCCCUCGCCGCCCCCACUGAGGUGCAGCAAUGCUCAGACCAGCCAAACACUGUUGUGGAGAGCAACGUCCAACUUCGGCCGUGCAAGAAGUUGCCAUGCAGGCUCAAGAAAGGCACCGAUCAGCACAUCAAUAUUGAGUUUACGCCAGACACAGAUAUAGAGGAAAUUACGAAUAAAGUAUGGGCAAACGUGUAUGGCGUGGACCUGCCGUUCUUUGGGGUUGAUGGAAACUCUAUUUGUAACAAGCUGUUCACAGAGAGUGGCGAUAAGUCUCCGUGUCCUUUGAAAGCUGGUAACAAGUACGUUUACAAGGACUCCUUCCCAGUUCUAAGUUUGUACCCAACAAUAAAAGUAAACGUUCGUUGGGCGCUGCAAGUCAAUAAAAAGGACAUUGUUUGUUUCGAAGUGCCAGCGAAUAUUGUAAAU